UCCCGGCUAGUUUUAGGUGUGACACACUCUGCUGUCAAAAACAGGAAGUAGACUGUGUAAACUGUGUCUCCUCUUGUUUAGUGGCAUUCUUUUUCUCUGCUGUGACACAACGACGUGCAUACGAAACUGUUCAUUUAUGCGCUACAAGGUGAACGGCAUGCUUGCAACGCAAUUAUUAGCGCAAAGGAAAUCCAGACAAACGUGACACUGAUGCUGAUGAUUAGCCCCAGAAUGGCAUCGGGAAUGCAAGAGAAACAGUUCACAGCAUGUCUACUCAAUUUCUUUGUUUAUAAUCCCACAUUUGGACCGCGGGAAGGAGAGGAAGAGAAAAAGAUACUGUUUUAUCACCCCAGCGACGUGGAGAAGAACGAAAAAAUCCGAAACGUGGGCCUUUGUGAAGCUAUUGUCCAGUUCACGAGAACAUUCUGCCCAACAAAACCAGCAAAAUCCCUGCACACACAGAAGAACCGACAGUUUUUCUUUGAGCCCGAGGAAAACUUUUGGAUGGUCAUGGUGGUUCGAAACCCAAUGAUUGAAAAACCAAACAAAGAUGGAAAGCCUCCCACGAUUGAGUACCAGGAAGAGGAAAUCCUCGACACCGUUUACGGCGCUGUGGUGAAGCAGUGCUACAGCAUGUAUAAGCUCUUUAACGGUACCUUUAGUCGAGCCAUGGAUGCCGGCGGAGUGGAGCUGCUUACUCAGAAGCUUGAAAAGUUCUUCUACAGGUACUUGCAGACUCUCCACCUGCAGUCCUGUGACCUGCUGGACGUCUUUGGCGGCAUCAGCUUCUUCCCGCUGGACAAAAUGACGUACCUAAAGAUCCAAUCCUUUGUCAACCGGGUGGAGGAGAAUCUCAGCCUCAUCAAAUACACCGCCUUCCUCUACAACGACCAGCUCAUCUGGAGCGGCCUGGAGCAAGAUGACAUGAGGAUUCUGUACAAGUACCUGACCACGUCGCUGUUCCCCAGGCACUCCGAGCCGGAGUUGGCUGGCAGGGACUCUCCUCUCAGGCCGGAGGUCGCAGGCAAUUUGUUGCAUUAUGGGAGGUUUUUGACAGGCCCGCCCAACCUUAAAGACCCGGAGGCCAAAUUCCGCUUCCCCAAAAUAUUUGUGAGUGCAGAAGAUGGCCACGAGGAGCUGCACCUGAUUGUCUAUAAGGCGAUGAGCGCCGCCGCCUGUUUUAUGGUCAACGCUUCCGUGGACAUGACGAGGGAGUUCUGCGAGCAGUUGGACGGCCUGGUGGGGCCGCAGCUCACCUUGCUGGCGUCUGACAUAUGCGAGCAGUUCACCGUCAACCGCAGGAUAUCGGGGCCAGAGAAGGAGCCCCAGUUUAAGUUCAUCUACUUCAACCACAUGAACCUGGCAGAGAAAAGCACGAUACACAUGAGGAAAACGGCCAGCGUCUGCCUCACGUCUGUCCAUCCGGACCUCAUGAAGAUCCUGGGGGACAUCAACUGUGACUUUGCCAGAGUUGAUGAAGACGAAGAGAUUAUAGUCAAAGCCAUGACGGACUAUUGGGUGGUUGGCAAAAAGUCUGACCAGAGAGAACUGUACGUGAUCCUCAAUCAGAAGAACGCCAACCUCAUUGAAGUCAACGAGGAGAUGAAGAGGCUUUGCGCGACACAAUUCAACAACAUCUUCUUCUUGGAUUGAUGGAAUGAGCACAGAGACUCUUUGACCGCACGACCAACUGUCAGCGUCGCAGGGUGUCACGGCAGCAUCGGUCUCACGCAAUAGUUGCACUGUAAAAAAAUAAAAACAACGAAAAGAUUUCCCAUUGUUUUUUGUUUUUUUUUAAAUUGAACUUUUUAAAUGUUAUUCCCUUUUGUAAUUACGUGUACUUGGAAUUUUGUCAUGUCGUUGUCAAAAAAGAUUUCAGCGCGUCUUUCAUUGAACACCUUUUCUGUGUCUCAAACUGGUGUAUGCAUAACUGCUAUUUCAGCUGGCUUUCAUCCCCAAUCCCUUUUUGACUAUCAUGUCAAAACUUGUGGUUUGUAAACAACGCUACUAAAUUUGAAUAAAUUAUGUAAUAAUUUUG